AUGUGGGACCUGCCUUUCCUGCCCUUCAGUGCCCUCCUGGGUAUCCUGGGCAUUGUGUGUGUGGCCUUUGUCAGUGCCUGGUGUCAGUACUGGCGUGGAGGCUUCGCUUUGGAUGGCAGCACCAGGACCUUCAACUGGCACCCGGUGCUGAUGGUGACGGGCAUGGUGGUGCUGUAUGGUGCAGCAGCCCUGGUUUACCGCCUGCCCCCUGCCUGGACUGGCCCCAAGCUCCCCUGGAAGUUGCUCCACGGUGCCCUGGCCCUGGCUGCCUUCACCUUGGCUGUGCUGGGGCUGGCAGCUGUUUUCCGCUUCCACAACGAGCAUGGGACCCCCAACAUGUACUCCCUGCACAGCUGGCUGGGGCUGGCCACUGUUCUCCUUUUCUCCUGCCAGUGGCUGGCUGGCCUCAGUGCCUUCCUGCUGCCCUGGGCUCCUGGCUGGCUCCGUGCCCUCUACAAACCCCUCCAUGUCUUCUUUGGUUCCACCAUCCUCAUGCUGUCCAUGGCCUCCUGUCUGUCAGGCAUCAAUGAGAAGCUUUUCUUCAGCCUGAAGAAUGGGACAACUGAAUACAAGCUCCUGCCCCCCGAGGCUGUCUUUGCCAACACGUUGGGGCUCCUGAUCCUGCUCUUUGGGGUGCUGGUGCUGGGUGCCUUGGCCAGGCCAAGCUGGAAGCGCCCCGACGCCGACUCCCCGGACACUCGCCAGCCUCUGCUCGCCGCCGAGCGCUGA